AAAAAAAAAUGUGUAUUAUGAUUUGAGUUGGGUUGUGGAAGACAACACCUAGAAAUUAAUGAAAAAGAUUUAGAAUAAUGAAAAAAAUGACGGGCCCACUUCCAGGCUGUUACUUUAGAACAGGACUUUAUCUUCCUGUUAAAUUGACACGUGUCAACAUCCAUUCCUUCCUCUCUCUCUCGUUCUCUGAUAUAACCUUUCUCUGCUUCUCCCGUUACCAGCAACAGACGGUUCACGAAAGCUCCAAACAACAUUCCUUCCAUUUCUUUUUCUCUUUUAUUAAGUAAAAGAAAAAAGAGAAUACAAAUUAAAUCUUAAUUCGGACCAGAAACUCCGACUUUGGUGGCGGCUAAUUCGGUGACUCCAUUUCCCACACCAAAGAAAAAAGAGAAACCAACCUUGGAUUUGGACCGAGCCAGUUGCUGUUUGGACCACAUGUUAGUCCCGUUUGUGAAAGACUGUUGUGGGUGGCUUUGAUUGAAGUUUUUCUACGAGAGUAAAGAUAUAGUGGUGGCAGUGGAGGUAGGGGCCCCAAUCAUGACUGCUGGUGAGGGUAAUCAGUUGAUUUCUGUUCAUCCCAAUGACCUCAAGUUCAUUUUUGAGCUGGAAAAGCAAAGUUUUUGUGAUCUUAAAGUGGUGAACAACACAGAACACCAUGUGGCGUUUAAGGUUAAAACAACGUCACCUAAGAAAUACUUUGUUCGACCAAACACUGGUGUUGUGCAGCCUUGGGACUCAUGUGUCAUCAGAGCAGUCACUCUCCAAGCCCAGCGGGAAUAUCCUCCAGAUAUGCAAUGCAAAGACAAAUUUCUGCUACAGAGUACUAUAGUUGCUCCAAAUACUGAUGUGGAUGACCUACCAGCAGAUACUUUCAAUAAGGAAAGUGCUAAGGAGAUAGAGGAGUGCAAGCUUAAAGUUUUCUAUGAAUCUCCUUCUGCUCAAGGGAAUUCAGAAGAUGAAGGAUUAAAGAGCUCCACAGAACAAAGCCCUGAUUUAAACUCUGCGGUGCGGCAGCUGAAGGAAGAAAGAGAUGCAGCAGUUCGGCAAACACUGCAGCUGCAACAGGAACUGAACCGCCAUGAUCGAAAUGUAAACAAUCUUGUUUUCCUCAAACAGGAUUUUCUGAAGAGACGAAGACAACGUAGGAAUGACACCGGCUUCUCCUUCACAUUUGCAUCCUUUGUGGGAUUGAUAGGCAUAAUGGUUGGCUUUCUGUUGAAUCUUUCCUUGUCUUCACCAUCGACGGAAUAAUAGAUGCGGUUUAUAAGUGUGGAAACCACUAAUUUUGUUCACUUCAUUGUAUAAUGAAUGUCUAAUGUUUGUUGGAUGGAGAGUCUGCUCACUUCCUUUCCUUUCUGUACAUUUGAUCUUCGCCAUAUUAUGUCUUUGAUCACCUGGUUUUUUCCGAAUGUGGUUUCAUUCUUACUAUAAUUACUGCAAUACUGAUUCAGUAAAUAGUUUCUUAUUUUAACUUGUCCCCUGAAUUACCAUCUAAUACUACUGCAGCGUGUUGCAUGACAUUUUUCUAUUAGCAUAAAGGUUUAUUUAGGUAUACAAAUAAUUAUAGAUUAAAGCUUAUCUUUUUUAAUAUAAUGAUGAAAAUAUAAAAUUGUUCAGGGAGUUUAUAUAGUAUUUUAACGAAAAAUAAAUUAAAAUAAAAUAAAAAAUUUGGACGGCGAACAAGGGAGUAAAUUCACCUUACACACGUUCAAGUUAUCAAAAACACUGGCGGGAAAACUCGUGCGUGCUAAAUCUUAAAAUCCCAUCACGUGCCUGAUUCCC